GGAUGGGAUUUUCUUAUAAUCAACAAUCUGUAAAAUUUGAAGAGAUUUUCCCUGUUCUUAUCCAUAAUAUUGGGGCUAUGUUGGGAGUGAUGGUGUGAUUUUGGUGGCGCGCGGUGUAAAUCUCAAUUUGGCAACUAAUUUAAAACUUAAGCAUAAUUUAUGUUCUACGUGGCGACCCGCUUUUUUUUCCUACGUACGCAAAGCAUUUGGGGAUUCAAACUUGAUUCUCCAGCAAUUUUGCGGAUGAAGCCAUAAAGCAUAAAUCCAUGGGAAGACACAGUGAAUCUGCGGGAAUCUUUGGUAUUUGCGCGCCCCCCACUUGUUUUUCCUCCCUCUCAACCCUCAUCGAGAUGCUCAAUAUAUGUGUUUUUCCACCCCCUCGCGCGCGCCUCAUCGCAGUCGGAGCUACAAAUUUUAAUGGUGAGACGGUGAAAUGGACACUCCUAUGAGAGACAUAAAAUAAUGGUGAAGAAGCGCGGCGGUGUGAGAAAAAGCAAUAUAGUGAAAAGAUGAAUCGGUACAUAACACUAAAUCAACUUGGGGAUGGAACUUAUGGAACUGUUGUCCUCGCACAGCGAAAGGACACGGGCGAGAAGGUGGCCAUUAAGCGAAUGAAGCGAAAGUACUACUCGUGGGAGGAGGCGAUGAAUUUGCGAGAGGUCAAGUCGCUCAAGAAGCUCUCGCAUGCAAAUGUGGUGAAAUUGCGCGAGGUGAUCCGCGAGAACGACAUUCUCUACUUCGUGUUCGAGUACAUGAAGGAGAACCUGUAUCAGCUCAUCAAGGAUCGCGAGACGCACUUCCCCGAGGCCGCCAUUCGCAAUAUGCUGUACCAGGUGCUGAAUGGGCUGGCCUUCAUGCAUCGCCACGGGUUCUUCCAUCGGGACCUCAAGCCCGAGAAUCUGCUGUGCUCCGGACCGGAGCUGGUGAAGAUUGCAGACUUUGGCCUCGCGCGCGAGAUCCGAUCGCGUCCGCCCUUCACGGACUACGUGUCCACGCGAUGGUACCGCGCGCCCGAAGUCCUUCUGCACUCCACCAAGUACGGCGCGUCCAUCGAUCUGUGGGCAGUCGGAUGCAUCAUGUCGGAGCUCUACACCUUCCGGCCCCUGUUCCCGGGCACCAGCGAAGUGGACCAGUUGUUCAAGAUUUGUUCCGUUUUGGGAACACCGGAAAAGGAUGACUGGCCCGAGGGUCAUCGAUUGGCGGCCGCCAUCCACUUUCAAUUCCCAGCAUGCUCAAAAAUUCCCAUUGACUCCAUUGUCAGUCGUGCCACAGAUCCAGGCUUGCAGGUGCUGGAGGAUUUCCUCCGGUGGGACGCAGAGAAGCGACCCACGGCCCAGCAAUCGCUAAAGUACGCGUACUUUGAGCUGGCCAAGCCCCGGCCGGCGAGUCCUGUGCUGUCCAACUAUCGCACAGUGCCGUCCUCCACCGUCUCCCAUGGAGACCAAUCCCUCGAGAACUGCAUGAAUGUCACACAGCUGCUGCCGAAGCAUCCCAACAACAACCACGAGGAGCUGAACAACCACAGAAUGUUCUAUCUGAACAACGAGCCGAAGAAGGUGGUGAAAGUGGCGCCGAAUGUCACGGCGACGAAGGAGCACGCCGGAUCGACGGUGCAGCUGAAGAAUAGUGUCAACAGCGUGAAUGGCUUCGGCCCGACCAUUGGGCACAAUGGUGAGAUUAAUCUUCUCGGGAAUUACAGUCAGCGCAAGAAUUUGCAGCAUGCGAAUGCCGGUGGCAACAAGUACACCUUCAACAAUGCCUAUUCUGGCAUCAUUGUGAACACGAAAGCCACCCCGGGUGGUUUUUACCUCCAUCAGCAGCCAAUUGACGCCAUCCUUGACGCAGACACCGGCGAUGCUCCACGUGUGUACAAUGCCUUCUCCAAGCAGCGCAAUGUGAUGCCACUGGUGAAUGGCGACGCAGUAAAUCAUCAUCCUGUUGUGACUUUCAAGUCCAAAGGGGUCAUUCCGACAAAUAAGUGGAACAUCGCCGUGGGCCAAGACGAAGGGGUGGAUGACGAUGAUGAAUUGGACAGGAUUCUCGGGAGCAAGAUAAACACGAAGAGAGUUCGAGGGGAUUAUCAGCAGAAACCUCUGUCGUCGAUUAAGCUGGAGGAUUUAUUUGGGACGGUCUCUUUGGGGAAGGACAGCAGUACCUCCAAGUAUCCCAACACCGUUCCACUGGCCAAAUCCAACAGCUAUCGCAAUAAUCUCAUGCUGAAUGGACUAUUUGAGGACGAUGAUGGACGUAGUGUGUCGAAAAGGAGUCACUAUUCCAAUCAUCACCAGGAAUUUGUGGUCAACAAUCGAAACAAGUCCUUCUUGAGUCAUCAACCUUUCCGAGCGAAUGUGUCCAAUGAAUACCAUAUCAAUGGGGGCGGCGGAAAGACUUUCCCGUGGGAGGAGAGCGGCCGCAUAAGCGAUGGUAAAGGUCUAAGUUGGAUUGUUCGUGAUAUAACUUUCGAGGGCGGCGCGGCCAAGAGCAACAACAUAAGGACAGACUGGACAGCAAAGUACCUGAAUAACUGAAGGUGGAUUGUUGCAAAUUGACGAAAAU